AUUACUAAAAAUGUUAAAAGUCUCACAUUCAAUUUUUUUGUGAUUCAUUAUUUAAAUUUUUUGUUAUGAUAAGAUACAAAUGAUUACAAAAUCAUAUAAGUAGAAAAUAUCAUUUAAUAAGUAUUAAGAUUAAAGUAUGUAUAUUUUAAUAUUGUUUAAAUUAAACUAUAAACUAUAUAAAAUUCAGAAAUAUUUUAAUUUCAAAAUUGCUUUGAACCAAAAAGAAUUAUGAUAAAAGCUUUGAACACAUAUUGACAACUUAAUAUUAUAUUUUAAACUUUGCAUUAAUUUAAAAAAAAAUUACUAAAACUAUUUAUCACAUAAUGAAAUUUUUGUUAUCAGUGAUUUAAAUUUUUUGUUAUACAAAUAUAAAAUGAUCAAAAUACCAUAUGAUUAGAAAUGAUCACUUAAUAUAUAUCAAUAUUAAAAAUACAUUAUAUAUACGUUAAUAUCAUUAAAAUUUAUUUAUAUACAAUAUAAAAUAGAAAAGGUGAUUGUUUGGAUUAGUGAAAUUUAUUUGUGUGUUCACACCAAUUUAGUUAUAUAUGUAAUAAUUACUGAUUUCUUAAUUAUUUAAUAUAUAUAUAUAUAUAUAUAUGCGCGGGUCUUAACCAAGUACUUGUAUAUAAUACUUGUAAAUGAGUACUUAGAGUAAUUAAUUAAACACAUGUAUAUAUAGUGAACAUUGUACACACAUUAUCUUUAAUGAAGAUAUUUUCACUUUAUUCUCUAUGUUAACAAAUUCCAUUUUCUUUCGUCAAAUCCAAUGUUAUCCUCUCUUUUUUUAGUGGAACAUCCAAUGUAAUCUAAUUUGUAUAAUAUGUGGCAAUAGGGAUUAAACAAAGAGAACUAGUGUGGUUUUGAAUAAAUUUUCUAAACUAUAAGCUUUUUGUAUGUUUGUUUGUGGAAGUCAAGAACAUAUUCUACAUACAAAGUCAAUCAUUAAUAUUGAUUAACUUCACUUCUGCAGAAUUAAGUGAUCACAACUUACAUAUAGAUCCAAUUAACUCCUUUCACAUAGCAACGAAAGAAUCUUCACCAAUACCAAGUCAAAGUCAAUGUUGUCUCUUAUCCUUAAUCCUUAUAUACAUCUUCCAACACAACUCAUUUUAUCAAUAAAAGCAUAGUCUUCCAUUGUUCUAUGUACAUACAUUCACCUCAGGAGCUAGUUCUUCUCUCCUUAAUAUUCUCAAGAAAAUGCCUAUUGGUGAGGUUAUUGUAGGGGCUGCUCUUGGAAUUACUCUGCAAGUGCUUCAUCAAGCUAUCAUAAAAGCAAAAGAUAAAUCUUCAACCACAAAAUGUAUCUUGGUCCGCCUCGAUGCUACAAUCUCCAGGAUCACUCCGUUGGUGGUUCAUGUCGAUAAGAUCAGUAAAAGAGUAGAAGAUUCUGAGAGGAAAGUCAUUGAAGAACUCAAGCGUCUUCUUGAAAAGGCUGUUUCUCUUGUUGAGGCUUAUGCAGAACUCAGACGCAGAAACCUACACAAGAAGCAUAGGUGCAAGAGUAGAAUCAAAGAGUUAGAAGUUUCAUUAAGAUGGAUGAUAGAUGUGGAUGUUCAAGUCAACCAAUGGCUAGAUAUCAAAAAACUCGUGGCUAAGAUGUCUGAAAUGAACACAAAACUCGACAAGAUCACGUGCCAACCAACUGAUGGUAGUUGUUUCAAGAGCAAUGAUAGCACAUCACCAGUGUUUUCACAAAGUAGUAGUAGUCUCGAAGCAACAGACGGAUCUUCAGAGGAAGAUGAAGAAGAAAGCCCAAGUAAUGGAUCUGAACCAAGGAUCGAUAUCCACCUGCGACGGAGUUCAAGAAAAGGAAGAAAAGAUCGUGAGAUCCGAUUCAUGGCCAAGUGAUUGCUUAAGCAACAAGUAAAAUGAAUGCUCAUUUGUGAAAUAUGAUGAUUAUCUUCUUUUUUUUGUGGUUGUGUGGAAUGGAAAUGGAAUCAUGUACACAAAUAAAAAUGUAGUUUACCAAAAAAAAUGUGUAGAAAUGUAGAAUUCCUUUUUUUCUCAAAUCUAAAUGUCAAGUACAAAAUACCAAUAUUAAGAAUUUUAUAAAUGAAGGAUGUGAGAAGAAUCUUAUAUAUACAAUACACAUAUAUAUGUAU